AUGGAGAUGGAAGAGCCUGCAGGUGAUGAUCGUCCGAGGAUAAAGGCAGGGCUCAGUCCCUUGCGGCACCUGCUGGCGGCGCUCUGGACGGAUGCUGACAGAUCCGAGGCCUUGGGUGCUGAAGGCUUCCUCUCCUGGGCACUCAGCGACAAAGUUGCCAGCGGCACCCUCGGCUGGGGCCACGCUGCUGCCACGGUGGUGCGGCAGAGCGCAGGUGUCGGGGUGAUCCAGGGCCCAGAGCUGACGGCGGCCCUCAGCAGGUGCAGAGCCUGGAUUCGGGACUCGCCGAUCUCGGGCGAGGCGGCCAUCACCGAGCAGCACCUGGUCUUCGCAGCAGCGGUAGAGGAGGCUGCGCAGGCCCACACGGUAGAGGCACCGCGCGCAGGCGAGGCAGAAAGGGUCAUUGCGGACGGGCCGGUCAUUGCGGAGGUGCCGGAAGAAACGAGGCAGGGAAUCACAGCGAAGGAGAAGGAGCCCUCGCCACAGGAAGAUCUGGACACGAGCCUGGUGGAGAGCAUUGAGAAGCUGCUUCGCUGGUCCCAGGCACAGCCCUGCCGAGCAGACACCUUUGCUGUCUACACGGCUGCCUUGUGGCCUGCGGUGUCCACUGCGGAUAGCACAGCCGGGCGGCUGCCCUCGCGUAUGGUGCGCCUGGCUCUGGAGUCCUUGGGCAGCGCCUCGGUGAGCGCCCGAAGUCGCCCCAAGGCCCCGGCAGCUCCGGGGGUCUGGCGCCUGGUGGCCGCACUCUGCGAGGCGGCGCAGUGGCCCGAGGCCAACUGGCCCACGGUGCUCCAGGCCGUCGCAACAUCCAGCAAGUGGCUCCUGAACGCCCACGAGGAUAGCACCUUCUCCGUGUCGGACGCGUUCGUGGAUGAU